CGUGUGUGUGUGUGUGUGUGUGUGUGUGUGUGUGCGUGUGUGUGUCACCAUGAGUCUGGUCUCGGGCUUCCCUCACCACCCGGUCGUGCACCACCACGACACGCACCACUACUCCAUCCACGCCGCCGCCACGGCCGCGCGGUGCCACGAGGACACCGGGGCCCCGCCGUACUUCACGAGCUGGCUCAUCAGCCACGCGGACAUGUCGCCCGCCGAGUACAGCCUCGCGCCGGGUUACAGCCCGGAGUACCAUGGCAACAGCGGCAGCGGAUCUACGACGAGCACCGGCCUGGACCCGCACCACCACCACCACCACCACCACUACGGAGCCGGGGCGCUGGUCGCCGGGGCCGUGAACGGAGCUACCGUGGAUAUGCACCACCACCACCACGCGCACCCGCGGCCCGUGAAGCGGAGACCCACGGCCAACCGCAAGGAGAGGCGGCGGACGCAGAGCAUCAACUCGGCGUUCGCGGAGCUGCGCGAGUGCAUCCCCAACGUCCCCGCGGACACCAAGCUGUCCAAGAUCAAGACGCUGCGGCUCGCGACCAGCUACAUCUCCUACCUGAUGGACAUCCUGGACAAGGACGGACAGCACGGGGACACGCAGGCUUUCAAGGCCGAGCUGAAAAAGACUGAGGCGCGAGAGGAGCGCAGGAAGAGAGAGGCGGCGGAUGUGCCCAAGACGACAACGUCAUCAUCGUCAUCUUCAUCGUUGUCAUCAUCAACGUCAACGUCAAUGUCGUCAUCGUCGUCGUUACCGGGAGACAAGAAGAGUAAAGGACGGACAGGAUGGCCUCAGCACGUGUGGGCUCUGGAACUCAAACAGUAGCUGAGUCUGAACACCAGGCAAGGAGGCAAGGGAGGAAGCAAGGAGGCAAGGA